AUGAAUCCAGUCCAGGAAUCACUCAGUAUUCACCGUUUCUUUUCUAAGCGAGCCGCACAACCUGUCGGUUUCGAAUUUUAUUUUCAACCUUCCAUCGACCAUAUCAUCGACAACCCCACGACCAUCAAGAUGAAGUUCCUCAAAGUUGGUCGCGUCGCGAUCAUUACUCGCGGCCGCUAUGCCGGAAAGAAAGUUGUUCUGAUUCAACCCCAAGACAGUGGAACCAAGUCUCACCCCUACCCUCACGCUCUGGUCGCCGGUAUUGAGCGCUACCCCUCGCAAAUCACCCGCCGCAUGUCCAAGACCCGUCAAAACAAGCGAUCCAAGGUUAAGCCAUUCAUCAAGGUCAUCAACUACAACCACCUGAUGCCAACAAGAUACACUCUUGAGCUGGAGGGACUGAAGGGAGUUGUCACCGCCGAUACAUUCAAAGAGGUUUCUCAGCGGGAGGAUGCAAAGAAGACCGUCAAGAAAGCUUUGGAGGAGAGAUACACAUCUGGAAAGAACAGAUGGUUCUUUACACCCCUCAGAUUUUGA